CUCUGUCGUCUUCAGCAUCCUCACUCAGACCGACACUGAGAAAGAAGAAGAGAAGAUAAUCCUCCAGCAGGUUAUUAUCAACUGAGACGUCUGCAUCAUCUCCAUCAUGAAGACUCUGACUGUGACUGCACUUCUCUGUGCCGUGAUGGCGCUGACCACCGCUGCUACUCUUUCAGAGGUGAAGGAUGUACAGGAAGCUCUGGAAAAACCUGGAGAACAUCAAGUCGUUGAGAGGUCAACAUGUUGUCCUGAUGGUUGGAGAAUGAUCAAUGGUCGCUGUUUCCUCUACGUCAAACAACUCAUGAAUUGGGCUCAAGCUGAGAGAAACUGCCAGUCCAUGGGUGCAAACCUUGCCUCUGUACAUCAAGCUCUGGAGCAGGAUGAGAUUCAAAGGAUGGUCACAGAUAUAACUAAUGGACAUCCAGACACGUGGAUCGGAGGAUCUGAUGCUGAAAUGGAGGGUGUUUGGCUCUGGAGUGAUGGUACCCCUUUCAGAUUUUCCUACUGGUGCAGCGGAGAGCCGAAUAACCAGGGCAAUGAGCACUGUUUAGAGAUGAAUUUUGGAGACAAUAAAUGCUGGAAUGACAAAGAGUGUGACACAAACCGUCCGUCUGUCUGUGCCAAGAACAUCUGA